AUGGCGAAUAACUCGUUCCGAGACUCUGUCAACUCACUGGGAUGGUCGCGUAGAGACCCGGAUCUCCCCGUACACACUGGCGCGUCAUCGAACACCCCAUUCCUAUCUCGUCUACAGUCUUACAACCCGUUCGGCGAAGGCGGUUAUGUUCAACUGCCCACUCACAAUGAAGGUCCUGGGGCCCCAUUGCCAGCAGCCACUCGACGGGAAGAAGAAGAGGGCUUCUUUGCCUUGAGUCGGUGGGACCGCAUGCUCAUCUUUGCUGCAUGUAAUUUGGGCGCCGCUGUCUGUUUCAUGCUCUGCUUCUUCUUGUUCCCGGUCUUGACACUCAAGCCCCGCAAAUUUGCGGUCUUAUGGUCCGUCGGCUCAGUCUUGUUUUUGCUAUCAUGGGCGGUCCUCAUGGGACCGUGGACUUACGCUAAGCAUUUGAUAUCGGGAACACGGUUACCGUUCACAGCGGCCUAUUUCGGAUCGAUCGCCCUCACGCUCUACUUCGCCAUCGGGCUUCAGAACCUCUUCCUCACUCUCAUCUCCUCGAUCUUCCAGCUCGCUGCCCUCGUCUGGUACCUCGUCAGCUAUUUCCCCAUGGGCAGCACCGGCCUGCAGUACGUGGGUCGUUUCGGAGCAUCGCGUGUCACCUCUUGGAUUAGUGGUUGA